GGCAGCCGGGUCCACGAUAUAGGCAUGUUAAGGCUGCUCGAGGUGGAGGUUGGAGGUUGGAGGUUAGUUGAGGUGGAAGGGUGGCUUGUCGUCGGGUAGGCUGCUCACUGUAGCGGGGGGGUGGUCUGCCGCGACUAGGGGCGCAAGAGGCGCCAGUGGAUGGAUAUUGAGCGACGCCCGGGCGUCGUGGCGCACUGUGCGGUUCAGUCGCCCUCCAGCCACCGCCCCAGAUACGAGUUCAUCCGCUUCCGGCCACUUCUGCACUCCCUUCUUUCAUUCUCGUAGUCGUUUGCUAAGCUUUUUAAUUUCGCUAACUACGGAGUGCGGUUCGCAGAUAACAGCGGGUAACCAAACGCUAGAAAUAUGCUGAUCGGUCUUGUGCGCGACUCAGUGCGACAGUGCUUCUGUCACAGCUGCAAAGCACCCUUGGGCAUCGUAGCGGGAGAUAGAAGGGGCAAUGCACCCUUCAAGAAGCCUAGCGGCAAAGGAAAGCCGCGGACCAAACAGCCGAAGAAAGUAAAGUUUAUCACAACUGAGAUUCGAUGCCAGGAGAAAUCCAAGGGUGGUUUGUGCUAUGAGGUAAUUUUGGCAGAGCCAACAGUACCGAAGAGAGCACCGUCACCCCCACAGACAAGUCCGACUCAACAAAUCGCUAUCGAAGACAAGCUUCGAGCAGCCGAGAAGAGAAGACUUUCUUUAGAAGCUCAGAAGCUUGCAGUUCUUGCCGCUGAACUUAGCAAAAUUGAAGAGGCAUCUCGCAAAAAGGAUGAACUUAGUGCCGCUUUCAUCGCCGCGACCCGCGAAUCUUUAGACGCUAAGAUGAAUAAUACAGAGGAGAAGAGAGAAGCUCAUAUUGCAGAAUUAAGGAACAAGCUGAAAGAGCACUUUGAAAGUGUGGAGAAAACGCGCUUGAGUCUUGAACAACAGACUCGAGAAGUUCGUUGUGCCGUUGAAGAGAAACUGAAAUCUGCUGCUGCUCAACGCGAUGAGAAUAUUAAGAGGAUGCUGAUUCGCCUUAAAGAACAUGAAGAACAAGUAGCCCGUGUGCGUCAAGGAAUGACCGAGCGCGUGCAGCAACUUGAAUCCCAGAUUCAAGGCAAAUUGGUUCAAGCUCACGAACGUCGUCAGAAUAUCGAGCGUGAACAGAAAGAAAAGCUACGCAAUCAUAACACUGUGAAGAUAGCAAAAGUGCGUCAGAUGGCGGAUGAGUGCGCCACAAGAGAACUUCUGGUGAAAAAGUUCGAAAUUCACAAGAGGGUUUCUACUGCGGAGCAGAACCGACAGCGAGAGAUUCAACGUCGUGUGCAGGCUAUUCGCCAGCAUGGAAGGCGUGGGGAAAUGGUAAGACAGAAUAAAGCAGCUUUGUGUGAGCAAUCUAUCCUGCCGACUGAAGAAGAAACUGCCAGCUCUGGGUAAACAUAACAUCAUUCUCGAUUGCGAUCCUCGUUAAAAUACCUUUUCAUCGUUACAAAAUCGAGGAAAGAGAAGAGCGGGACUUGACUACAGGCUUGCAGAGUCAUUCGCUGAAUAGAUCAUCGGAGUUACGUGUUUAAACUUUGAAAUAAACUAAGGGGUCGCUCACGCUGUGCUUUACAGGACUCCAUUACGCUUUGUGCCAUUUUCGUUCGCUGGAAGAAAAUUAAGGAACUUAUGCAAGCGAUUUAAUAGUAACUGGAGAGAUUUGCAAUUUUAACGAUUUUAUUUUAUUACAGAGGAUGGGGGAUUAGAUAUCCAGUUAGAUAAAGUAUUCCAAAUAAUUCAAAGAAUCGUUUAUAUUAUGAAAAAUUAACCGAUUUUUUCAUCUCACUUUCUACUUCUGCAAAAAAUACCACUCCAUUUGUCUAAUUACAUACACUUUUUUUUAUUUUAAGUGUACACGAAUACACGUAUUAACCUCGGUUGAAAAAUAUGGCGUGUAAAAUAUUUUCAGUUAUGAUGUGCCUACCACUUA